AAUGCAUGCUGGGAGUUGUCACUGAUGUUAUGGAAGCUGCAGCUGUGCAACGUCCUCUGUUUGGAGGAGCCUUUUUUGCACUCUUGCCCCAUUCAGUACAAGAUGUCAGCGACCUCCGAGAGAUCCCCGACAAUCAGGAAGUGUUCGCCCACAUGCACACUGAUCAGAGCAUCAUCGUGGAGCUUCUGGAGUAUCAGGGGGGCAUGACGGACCCCGACGCUGCUCGGCACCACUUUGAGGAUGUCGCCACCAGCAAUGAUGCCCAGGGAAAGGCGGAGAUUGUCAGCGUUGAGCCCCUCCCACUGGCACAACUUGCCCUCAGCAGCUGCUCCAGUGCCUGGACUCUCACCGGGCACCAGCUCGUAUCCAAAUUCAAUGAACAGGCCCAGAACACGGUCACCAUAUACAUGGCGCUAUUCAGAAUGGCUCAAUAUUCCACCGACCUCUUGGUGACGUUCAAUGAUCCUGUGGCUAUAGAGUAAGUGACACCAAGUGUC